GACGGUUAAUUGAAGAUGGCAUCACCGACCCCGUCAAUUGAAUCACUACCACGUGCAAAUUCAAUCGGAUCCUUCGGCGAUCACGCCGACUACCUAUCGCUAUCUUCACUUGCCGAUUCGCCGCUGACCGUGAGCGGAUCGUCGCCACCCGUAAGCGAUUCGGCCGAACGCGACCACGACUUGAUUGCCGGCGGGCACGGAGGCGCCGCGUGUUGCCAGAACUGCCGCGAACCGGGGGCCGACGCCGCCCACCACCUACCUUGCUAUCACGUUAUCUGCGCCAGCUGCUACGAGAAGAACAAGUACACCUGCCCCCGUUGUCAAAUUGACUCCAUCGAGGGUAUCCUCAGUAAUAUUCUCCUCGGCACUGCUGCUGAUACACCGUUGCCGCUCUCCAACGCAGAGCAUAUCAUCUCGCCGGCAGUGCGUUGCACCGGCUGCAAAAAGAAGAAGCUAGACGCGAUCGCGCGCUGUUUUGACUGCGCCAACUAUUUGUGCUCCAACUGCGUGAUGGCGCAUCAAUUUAUGCACUGUUUUGAGGGCCACCGGGUGCUCAACCUGGAUAUUAAGGACGAUACGGGUGCUCCGCCAACGUCGCACAAACCCUCCGCCACCGCGAUGGGUCAGAACGGCGAAAAGACAAUGUCUUGCCCUAAGCACAAGAGUGAGGUGCUCAAGUACUAUUGCCGUACAUGCGCUGUACCAAUUUGCAAAGACUGCAUUUCGAUGGAGCACCCCGCGGGGCUACACGACUGGGAGCAUAUUAAUGAUGCGGCGCCCAAGCAGAUCGAGGCUAUCACACAUGCUAUCCAAGAGGCCAAAACUAAGGCUACCGACAUUAAAAAUGUGAUGAAGAACGUAGAACACGCUACCAGCCGCCUGCAAGUGCAAUACCACAAGGCGCAGAACGAAAUCAACGACACCUUCCAGUUCUACCGUUCCAUGCUGGACGAGCGUAAGCAAGAACUCCUGAAGGAAUUGGAGUCUGUUUUCUCUGCGAAGCAGAUCUCAUUAGGGGUAGCUACCCAGAAAGGGCAGGAAACGGUUGAUAAUAUCUACAAGACCUGCGAAUUUGUGGAUAAAUUGAACAAAUGUGCCAGCGUGGUGGAGAUCAUCAUGUGCCGCAAGUUGCUCGACAGCAAAUUACAGUCAUUGUUGAGUUUCAAUGUUGACCAGAGCGUGCAACAGGCGUGCGAUUUGGAAUUUGUCUCCAAUUACCAGGCUAUUCAGGUGGGAGUGCGCAACACUUUUGGCUAUGUUCGAUCCAAUUCAGAACCUGUGGUUGGCCCAAGCAAACAGCCCCCGAUUGCUCGCCCAACUGGUGGUAGUGGAAGUGGUAGUGCCGGCGGUGGUUCCAGCUCCAGUGGCUCAAGUGUAAAUGGCAGUUCCGGUAGUUUGAAUGGUGGUAUUGGAGGCGGCAUUCACUGCCCCUUCACGAUCUCCAGCUCUAGCCAGUCUACCUCGCCCUUUGAGUCUAACAUCAUCACAAAGCGUUUCAGUUCUGCGCACAGUCUAGGUCUAUUCACCACUACCGUGGGUGAUAUGAACCUCAAUGGUAUCAACUCCUAUGAAAAAUGGUCCAAUGGUGGCACUGAUAGUAUCUUCCAGAAUGGAGGUGUCCCAGAACCGUACCAUCUUACUGGUGGCGGCGGCGGGCAAGUGAAUACUGAUUUUGAUAUCACUUCCAAGCUGAUGUCUACGACGAUCUUCCCGCCCAAGUCGCAGAUUAAACGCCAAAAGAUGAUCUACCAUUGCAAGUUCGGAGAGUUUGGGGUCACCGAGGGCCAGUUUACGGAACCCAGCGGAGUCGCUGUCAAUGCUCAGAAUGACAUCAUCGUUGCCGACACGAACAACCAUCGCAUUCAGAUCUUCGACAAGGAAGGCCGCUUCAAGUUCCAGUUUGGAGAGUGCGGCAAACGCGACGGGCAACUUCUGUACCCCAAUCGCGUUGCGGUCGUGCGUACUUCUGGUGACAUUAUCGUUACGGAGCGUUCUCCGACACACCAGAUCCAGAUCUACAACCAGUACGGUCAGUUUGUGCGCAAGUUUGGCGCUAAUAUUCUGCAGCACCCGCGAGGCGUUACCGUUGACAACAAGGGACGCAUCGUCGUUGUGGAAUGCAAGGUAAUGCGAGUGAUCAUCUUCGAUCAGUCGGGCACCGUACUUCAGAAGUUCGGCUGCUCCAAGCAUCUCGAAUUCCCGAACGGAGUUGUUGUCAAUGAUAAGCAAGAGAUCUUCAUCAGCGAUAACCGUGCGCACUGCGUCAAGGUGUUCAGCUACGAGGGAAUCUUCCUGCGACAGAUCGGCGGCGAAGGCAUUACUAAUUACCCGAUUGGGGUGGGCAUUAAUGCCGCCGGCGAGAUCCUCAUCGCCGACAACCACAACAACUUCAACCUGACCAUCUUCACACAGGAUGGGCAGCUGGUAUCGGCGCUGGAGAGCAAAGUGAAGCAUGCGCAAUGCUUUGAUGUGGCGCUGAUGGACGACGGUAGCGUCGUGCUGGCCAGCAAGGACUACCGCCUGUACAUCUAUCGCUAUGUACAGGUGCCGCCCAUCGGUUUGUAACUCGCUCCAGCUAGGCGGCCCCCUUCGCGUUACGUUCGGUCUUGUUGAGCAGCGUGCCCGACGCGCCGGCGGCAUCGCACCAUUCCGUCACACCUUUUGUUGAUGCAUUUUUAAGAAUCGGAAUGGCGCCGCCCGGCGUCAUGGCGCGAUUUGUACAUUUACGUUUCAUCUCUCCCCCCUGAAUGCCCACCCCUCCCCAGUUUAUAAUGAUAGUUUUGUAACGUUGAUAUCUAUUUUUAAUAUUGUACGAGAUGAGAAAAGUUUGACGAGAGUUUUUUUAUUCGAAGCGCGCGAGUGUGCUUCAUGAGCGAGCGGCCAAAAAAUCUCUUUGAACGUCGGCGGCACUCGGCGCGAAGAAGUUAUAAAACGUGAGGGCCAUUUGUUGUAUUUGUCGUAAAGUUUUGGCAUAAGAAACUAUAUUUUACUAAUGAGUGUACGGUGUUGUGAAUGUCUCUCCGUAGCGUAUACACGGUAUGUAGAAUAGCGCGUUGUUGUUUUUGGCGGAACUGAUAAAGAGCCGCGUUGUUAGCUACCCCUAGUCACCCCUCGUACGAGCGCAGAUGCAGCCCCAGCCCCCCACCCCCAAUGAAGAUGUGUAGCUCUGUAUAUCGGUCUAAAUGUUUUAAACAUAAGAGAAGUUUCGCGAUAAAGAACAUACACACACAAACACACUACAUUCGCAGAGAUGUGCAGAGUGGUGAAUUGCGCGCAUACGCGAGAACACGCGAACGAAAAAAAAGAAAGAAAGAAGAAAAGGUAUUAGUAUGGUAAUAUUGACAUUUAUUUUUUGAUGAUUUUGUUUUAUUUUUUAGUUUUGUUAUAAUAUUGUCUAUUAUUUAAGUUUGGAGGCGCGCGCAAAAACACGAGCAUAACACUCACAAAACGAAAUGCCAGAAACCGACGAGCGUGCGGUGCAUGUUGCAAUAUUUUCUAUAUAUCGCCACCGGAUGCUAGUAUGAUUCUUUCUUUCACCUCGUGUCUCUGAAUGAUUAUUCUAUUAUUAUUAUUAUUAUUAUUAGUUGUAGUAGUUUGUAGUAAUAUAUUGUUUGUUAAUGCUGCCAAGUUUAAGAUACGGCCGGAGGAGGGCGGAAGGCGCGUUGCAUGUGACGUGAGUCCGCUUUCCUUCUUAUUUGAUUUUGAUUGAAUUUGACCAACUGUAUUUUACUAUUAGAUAGGAUUUCGUUUAUGUUCACACACCCACAUACACACGCGUACACGCACAGCCACUCAAGGGGGCGGCGGGGCACGAGGGGGGACGAUGCCGGACGCUAUGCGGACGCACCUUCCCCUCUCGCCGCUCGGACAUUAUUUAUACACUACACACACACACACUCACCACACGAACACCUCCCCCGAGACGCCCUUUUUUAAAAUUUAUUUAUGUUGUUAUAUAAUCCUAUUGAAGAAUACGCGGGGGCUAAGCGAUCUCAUUUUUACUGCUCUGCCCCCACGGCGCUCGCCGCGAGACUCGAAACUAUUAAUGUGUAAGGCGAUGCGAUGAUUGAAUCGAAGGAAUUGUAAUUAUACGUGAAACAAAAGGACUGCGGCGGCGGGCAUGCGUCCGCCCUCUCCGUUCUCUCUCUCUCUCUCUAUCUAAAUAAUUGUAUCUUAUCUGUUUCUCCAUUAUCAUCGAAAGAAAAAAAAACUUAAGCAAAGCGGUGUCCUUCCGACAAGAGUUAAGUUGUUUUGCCGAUUCGCACGCGCACGUGCGACCAUCAAUGGGGGCGCGUGUGCGUGCGCACUCGUCAGCCCCACAUCCCCCUAAAAACCCCCAGAGUACACUCUAUUUUUUCUACAUUGUUCCUCGAAAGACUGCCUCGGAACGACACCGGCUCUGAGAGAGUGGCGGACCCCCGCCGGCACGAUACUAUAUAGAUUGAAUUUGAGUUUUUGAUUAGAAAAAGGAAUUUAACAAAUUUAAGCGAAAGCGCAAAAAGAAGUAAAAGAACCCAUUUAAUCAGUUAGUUUUUAUACUUUGUUGUUAUUAUUAUAUUAGUUUUUAAAUAUGAUAAAAUUGUUCUUAAAUUAAAUUUGUACAUUGUUUUGUUUUUGAAUAUUUUUGUUGUAAAUGCUUUUUUAAUUAUAAUAAUACCAGUUCUGCAGUUUUCAUUAUAAACACGUUUUUUUGACGUUUUUCGAAUCUCAAAUCAAAUUCUAACAUUUCGCCGAUUACUAACACGAACAAACAAACAUCCCACAGUUUUUAGGAAAUUCCGGAUAUAGGUAUAUAACAACAAGCGUAGAUCUACACUUCUGUGUUUUCUUCCUGGUGUGUUUUUGAUUUUUUUAUUUUUAUAUUUUUUAUUAUUUUUUUGUGUUUGUGUUUGAUUUUGUUUUGUUUUAGAAAAUUGGUCUUCUCUGUAUUGUGUGUAUACUGUGUAGUUGAAUCGUAGCACUCUUUCGGCGGCGGUGGCGGCAACCAGGUGCCAAUCCUCGGCGGCGACGGCGGCAGGCGACUCGUUUAGAGAAUAUACUUUUGUACUUAGCGAUGUAAGUGAGAGUGACGAUAUGAUAAUCUCCGGCCCCCGCCUUGGGGACGGCAGGCCGGCAGCUUUCAAGUAAUUAUUCGAACAAUCUAUCUUGGGCCCAACUAAGCAAGUUAUUUAUCCUAAAAUGGAAGUUUAUUACGAUAUUCUAGUUGUACGUCUACAAACCGUAUAUAGGCAUGUGUGAUUUAAUGGUAUUGAUAGUCAUUAGCUUCUAAGAGGUAUAACAACAUUCAUUAAUUAUUAAUUAUUACGUAUUAUUAAUCUAUUAAUCUUAAGAUGGAUAUGGACGGUGUUGCCACACAUACUUGCUCUUUCUAUAUCUGUGACAUCUAAUCUGGUAGUGAUGAUGUUGACGAUGAUGCUGAUGCGUGACCGAUCGUGCGGACCAAACUCAUAAAUAAAGGAAAACUGCAACAAAAGCAAACUAAAACAUUCAAACGCGCCCGCACCCGCAACGCUGACGUGAGGAUAUGCAUUUUUUCGGUAAGACUGAUUCGAAACGCAAACAUUUCUUGUAAAUUUCUGGUAAAGCGCUAGUGAUAAAAGGCGAUCACGGGCGUCCAGCGCAAACAAAAACACUCAAUUAUUAUUACUAACUACUCCACUGACCGAGAGAGAGGAUAAUCAAAAUUCCGCAACGUGUGCCGCAAAGAUCUGCAAACCGUAUGACACCUUCACAAGCCGUCCGAACGCAGGCGCAGCAAAAAGCACAAUUAACUCUUAUUACUGAUUACACUUAUGAACUUAACUAAGGAAAAGGAAAACACACGACGCACCACAGCCGCGCGGACGCCCUGAAACACCAACGACGAGCUCGUCUUCAAAACAUGUUUUACCUUCAUGUCAAUUACUCUAGGGAACAUUUAUCUAUCUAAACAUACGGAUGAUGAACAACAGUCAAAGCGCACUGCAAAGCUCACUCAGUUUCACGUUCAAGUUUUCGCCGCUUUAAAAUGUCUCAUUCCGACGCGAUUUCUAGUCAUUGAAAACCAAAUUGUGAACAAAAAAAAAUGAAGUAUGUAAACACUCACUCACACACAUUCCCGUCGCACAAUAUGUCUACAUAUGUCUCUUGUUAAAUUUGAAUUAAGUGUAAGUGGUUAAUAUUACUCGCAUCGCACGAGACCGACUAUAAAACUCAUCAUCGCGCAAAACGCGCAACAUGUGAGAAGCACUAGGAAGAAAGAAUCCCGAACGGAUUGACACGAUGAUAUUGAGAGUAAAAUUUUUAUACAUUUUGCGCGAAAUUGCUCAUGUUAUGUAUGUAUAUUUACGGAUAGAAAUAUUAAUAACGUAGCCAUGGUUAGAGACUUGUUGUUGUGCACUACUGUUAUCGCGCCACGCCGCAGAUUGUCCACAUGAACACGCACCACAUACACCCACACACACCAAAUGCAUCCACCUCCCCCUCAUCACUCGCCAAAAAUGGAAGUCCCAACAAGAUACACGAGACAUCGCAUAGAACGAAACCUCUUCUAACAGACUGUGAUUAACGGAAAUGCCUUCCCAGACACGCGCAUUGAAAUCCCUGCUGCAAAAUGAAAAUUAAAUUGUGUGCGAAAUGUUGCAAAUUGAAUCAUCAUCGAUUCUGUUAUCGCUCUCUAAAAUGUUGUAAAAACGGUUAUUGUUGGCAUUUUCCCCCCACUACUACUCAUACACGAUCAUUGUUACACACAAUUUGUUGUGUGCGAUCGGUUACGAAGCGUUGAGCUGCAAUAAACGCUUCUUAAUCGACCGCCGCCCCCGCCAUUAAUAAAUUUGAAAAAGAAAAAUGAAACUGAUAAGCGUGGUACUUGUGGCAUCUCAGAUAGGAGGCAUCAGAUCAUAAACGAACACCAACGAAACUCAAAAGAAAAAAAACAUCCCGCGUAAUAUGCAUGUACACACACAUAAACUGUUAAUGUUAAACCCAAGGAAAAACCUAAUUACUAAGUAGUACAUCUAUUGAAGUAUAUAUUAUUGUAAAUGUAUUGUAUGUA